UUUUGGGGUCCCUGGCUUUGUGUGGGGGUAUUGGAGGGGGUCCUGGCUGGGAGUGGGGAUGUUUAGGGGGUUCACUGGCUGAGUGUGUGUUGGGGGUGUCCCCAGCUGAAUAUGAGGGUGCUGGGGGGGUGUCUGGCUGUGUGUGAAGGUGUUUGGGGGGUCCCUGGUGAUGUGUGUGGGUUUGGAGGGUCCAUGGCUGUGUGUGGGGUAGUUUUGGGGGGGUGCCUGGCUGAGUGUGUGUUGGGGAGGGUCUCCAGCUGAAUAUGUGGGUACUGGGGGAUCCCUGUCUCUGUGUGUGGGGGUGUUUGGGAGGGUCUGUGGUGGGGGUGUUUUGGGGGUCUCUGUUCUAGGUUUGGAGGGGGUGUCUCUGGCCGUGGGUGUGUAUUUUAGGGCCCCCCCCCAUCUGCGUGCGAGGGCUGGGAGGCUCCGGGCCGUGUAUGUGUGUGCAGGGUGUGUGCGCUGGGUGUGGCCGGGGCGGGGCCGGGCCGCGCGUGUCCGUGUGUGUGUGUGUGAGUGUGCGUGGGGGGCUCGGUGCGCUGGUCCCGGGGGGGAAGGUCUCUGCUUGCAGGCAGGGCCCGGGGAAGGCGACGCCCGCCAUGAGUUCGUCGGCGCUGCUGGCCGAGGGCCCCCUCGACCCCCCGGUGCUGCUGGCCGACAUCAAGACGGAGCCCCCUGAGGAGCUGCUGGCCAGUGACUGCGGGCAGCCCCAGGCCGAGCCCGUCGACCUCUCCCUCAACAAGUCCAAGGUGGCUGCGGCAGCCUCGGCCCCUCCACCGCCCGCCCCCGCCUCGGUGCAGUCCUCCCCUUUGCUGGUGGCUCCCCCCCUGCCUGCUCCCACCACCGUCUCCAUCUCGCCCUCCGGCCUCAGCUCUACCUCGGCCAUCCCCGCCGUCCUGUCGCCCGGCUCCAUCCUGGCGUCCACGCAGGGCAGUGGCGGGCAGCAGAUCCUCCACGUCAUCCACACCAUCCCCUCCGUCAACCUGCCCAGCAAGAUGGGCAACCUCCAGACCAUCCCCGUGGUGGUCCAGUCCCUCCCCGUCGUCUACACCACCAUGCCCACCGACGGCGUCACUGCCAUCACCGUACCCCUCAUCGGGGGGGACGGCAAGAACGCUGGGUCUGUGAAAAUUGACCCGGGCUCCAUGUACCCCAUGACCAUGAGCAGCGACAGCGAGGACAGCGCCUCUGAGAGCGGCCCAGCCCCUUUCCAGGACCUCCCGAGAGAGCCAGUGACGAGGGGGCAGCGAGCCGAUUCCCCCGACUUGAAGAAGCGGCGCAUCCACCAGUGCGACUUUGACGGCUGCAAUAAGGUCUACACCAAAAGCUCCCACCUCAAAGCUCACCGGCGGAUACACACGGGUGAGAAGCCCUACAAAUGCACCUGGGAAGGCUGCACCUGGAAGUUCGCCCGCUCCGACGAGCUGACCCGGCACUUCCGCAAGCACACGGGCAUCAAGCCCUUCCGCUGCUCGGACUGCGACCGCAGCUUCUCCCGCUCCGACCACCUGGCCCUUCACCGCCGGCGGCACAUCAUGAUGUGAGCCCCGGGGCGCCUGGCCGGGAUGGGGAGGGGACAGCAGAAGAUGGGGGUGCGUCCCCCCAGCCCUGCUCCUCCGUGUGCGGUGGAGGGACUGUGGGAGUGGAGAAACUGAGCUGUGCCUGGCAGCAAGUGAACCGUGGCCGCUCCAGGAGCCUCGCCGACGCAAGAUGUAAAAAGCUGGUUUCCGGACUGGUCCUCCUCCCUUGCUCCCAUUUCUUGUUUUUCCCGGGCUUCUCCUUCCCCUUCGCAACGGCUGGAGGCUCCUCCUUGACUCCUCGCUUGGGAUUCAUUCAGUGGUAGCCUCCGAACCUGCGCAUCUGCCUCUUCAGCCUCUUGCCCAUCUCCAUCCUGUGUACUCGCUGUCCCCUGCCCCACUCCCCGUCCCCGGGGACAGAAUCUGGGAGCCACGGCAAGGACGGAAGCCCGGGGGAGGCUCUGUCAUCUCCCUCAUGCAAUAGCUGUUGGCCCCUUUCCUCAUCGGAAGCCGCUGCCUCUCCAUCCCCAGCCACUGUGUGUCCCUGUCCCCACAGGACAAGGCACCCUGGCACGUCACCUCCCUCCCCAUCCUUUGGCACGUUCUGAGCGUCACCAGAGGUGCCGGGGACACGCAGGAGGGACGGGAAGGAAAGAAAAAGCAAGAAGGGGGGGGAAAUACAGCCACCCAUCAGCAAACCACAAACAAGAUCACCACCACCAAACAAAAGGGAAACUUUUGCGGAACAUGGAACUGUGAUUUUUUGGAGUUUUAAGGGGGGGUGGGGGAACGGGGGGCCACCAGGUCUUGUUUUUUUUGAAGACUGUGGGACAGUUGAACCAUUUCUAAGUUAAAAAGGCAUACUGUGGCCACACGCUUUUCUUUUUAAUUGUAAUGAUUAUUUUUGUGGAUGUCCCCCCCCCAGCUGCUGUGGGGGCAGCCCUGCUCUCAUGCUGGGAGGGUGGCAGGAUUUGGGGUUGGAGCUUUGGGGCUGCUGGGUGGUGGGAAGGGUGAUGGGGGGGCUGUGACACCCCCCACCCCAACCAGUACCUGUGGGGCUAGUUAGGUGUGGAGGGGGCUUCCCAAAAGCUCUCUUUGAACCCAUGCCUUUGGCUGGGAGUUGCUAGGCUGCUUGGGGAGGGGGGAACCGGUGUGUGGAGGGUCUGGGUGGGGGGCAGAGACCCCCACCCCCAGUCCCUGAAAACAACUGACAGAUAUUUGAGAAAUUACUUUUCCUUUCUGUUUCCAUCCACUGUCCGAGGUGUUUCAGGGCACAGAGCUUGUCCCUGGCGCUUUGGUGUCUCCUGACCUUCUUGGUGCUGGGCAUGGCUGAGGAUGAGUCUUGUUGGUGGCUGGUCACCAGUGGUGUCCCCAGGGCUCGGUACUGGGGCACUUCUGUUUAAUCUCUUUAUCAGUGAUCUGGAGAAGGGGAUUGAGUGCACCCUCAGUCAUUUCUCAGACAACACCAAGUUUGGGGAGUGUUGAUGUGCUGGAGGGUAAGAAGGCCAUACAGAGGGAUCUGGACCAGCUGGAUCAUUGGGCUGAGGCCAAUUGUCUGAGGUUCAACAAGGCCCAGUGCUGGGUCCUGCACUCAGGUCACAACAACCCCAUCAACGCUCCAGGCUUGGGAAGAGCGGCUGGAAAGUGCCUGGUGGAAAAGGACCUGGGGGUGUUGGUGGCAGCAGCUGAACAUGAGCCAGUGUGUGCCCAGGUGGACAAAAGGGCCACCAGCAUCCUGGCUUGUACCAGCACUGGUGUGGCCAGCAGGACCAGGGCAGUGACCGUCCCCUGGAGGUGAGGCCAAACCCCAAAUCCUGGGGUCAGUUUUGGGCCCCUCAUGUCAAUAAAGCCCUUGAGGUGCUGAGCGAGUUGAGAGAAGGGAACGGAGCUGGUGAGGGGCUGGAGCACAAGUGUGAUGGGAGCGGCUGAGGGACCUGGGGGUUCAGCUGGAGAACAGGAGCUGAGGGGAGACCUUCUGAUCUCUGAACUGCCUGAAAGGAGCUUGGAGCCACGGGGGUCGGGCUCUGCUCCCCAGGAACAAGCGCCAGGAGCAGAGGAAACGGCCUCAAGUUGCGCCAGGGGAGGCUGAGGUUGGAUCUGGGGAACAAUUUCUUCCCCAAAGGGCUGUGGGGCAUUGGAACAGGCUGCCCAGAGCAGUGCUGGAGUCACCGUCCCUGGAGGGUUGGACAGACACAAAGAUUUGGUGUUUGAGGACAUGGUUUAGUGGUGGACUUGGCAAUGCUGGGUUAACGGACUUGAUGAUCUUAAAGGUAAUUUCCAACCUAAACAAUUCUAUAAUUUUGGCCGGGUCUGUGUGUCCCUGUUCUGCCGCGUGUCCCCUCCCACAGCCGUGCUCCCCAACUGAUUUGGCUCCUCCCAGGGCUGCACCCCCGUGUCCUUCCCCCACCAAGGCCUCAGAUCCUCCCAGGAACCACUGGCCUAAAGAAGGCGAGAAACCACGAAGGAGGACGCUGUGAACACCCCUGAGGUUUGGGGGCUGUUCUGUUCCUCCGAGGCUUAGGGGUCAGCACUGCUGGAGGCCCCACAGGACCCCCAGAGCCAGGGGCUCAUCUUGCCCCCCACUGCUGUUUUCCACGCCCCGGGGCAGGGAGUGCAUUUCUGUUUUCCUUUUUGUUGUUUAAAAAAAAAGGUGACACCACAACAUGCAAUUUUAAACUCUUGAGCUGUGAUAUUUAUACAAAAAGUGUUUGAAGUUUUUUCUACGCAGGAAUAAUAUUGAAAGCGGA